GUGUUGUUAAAGAUAUUGUUUACGGCGUAUCAUAGCUCUUCUUCAUCCCAGGGUAUGGUGAAGGAUGUGGGGAUAAGGCUGGGAGCUAUAGGUUCUGCUUAUGAGGUUAAGUGAGGGUUUCCCAGCCCUGAUUGGUGAGACUUGAUCUGGGGAGCCCAGACCUCAUCCCAGUACCCACAGUCUCCUCUAUGGCCUUGUUCUGAGGUCUGAAACUGGAAUUGGACACAGGACAUGUCCCAGUCUCUGGAAUGGGUCAGUCUGAGACAGUGCUCCCAGCCACUGUGUUCAUAGUCUACACCUAAGGAGGGUUUAUAUCAAAGAAGUUAAAUUAAUUCCUGUUGGGGAUAGAAGGCAGUUUCCUCCCUGAAAUCUUUUCUGUCUGUGCUUCCUUCACUCCACCCUCAAUAAAUGUGCAGGAUAAGAUAUCGCUGAGGCAUCACUGCUUCCACUUCCCUUUGAACUCUCAGUUCCCUUAUUUUAAAAAAUAUCUUGCCACAAGGAUCAUUUCUCAACACUUCCUCUCCCAGGAGCCUCAGAAGCCCAGAUCAGCUCUGUUCCUACUAAGGCUACCCCCACAGGAGGAUGAAGGUGCUCACGGUCACCAUCUCCUUCCUCAUCAUCGCUUCCGCCCUCGGGUCCAAGCCUGAGCCUUCCUUGCAAGGACCUUACCACCCUGCUGAGUGCUGCUUCCCCUUCAUUACCCAUACCAUCCCGCGUAUCUGGGUUUCAGGUUAUUAUGAGACCAACAGCCAGUGCAUCAAGCCCGGAGUUGUCUUCAUCACCAAAAAGGGCUAUCCCAUCUGUGCCAACCCCAGAGAUGACUGGGUCCAGGACUACAUCAAGGACAUGGAGGAGAACUGAGUGGCCCAGAAGUAGUACAGAAGGCCACAGCUUAAGGAGAAGAAGCCAAGGCCCGCCUCCCACUCCCAGCUCCAAGCCCCAGCCACCCCCUGGGAGUUGCCCUGCCUUUAAUGAAAGACCACCCAUGCCUAUCCCUGCCCUCAUUUAUUCUUACUGGAUUUGCCCAUUGGCAGUUGACUGAGUACACUGGUGAGCUGAGCCUGGGCUUCAGCAUCAAUUCUCAUACCGCAGAAAUUUUUCCAGAGCCUGGCGCAAAAAGCAGGUCAGGGCUACAAAGGGGGUAGUGAGAAGCAGAGCAGAGAUUUGAGAAAGAGGCUCGAUGAAAAAGGCCACCUCUCAACAACAGUAAUAAUAACAGAUACCAUUUUCUUAGCAUUCUCUACAUUCUGCUAAGCCCUCUAUAUGCAUUACCUUAUUUAAGCCCCCGAAAAAAUGUGGAAACCAGAAAUUAUCAUCAGAUUUUACAGCUUAAUCUUCAUAAAGCCCUCUUCAUAGCAGUCCAAUUCCCUAGUUCUUUUUUGCUGUGUUUCUCCCAAGGCUUUUGUUCCCUGCUGUCUGGGAUAGGAUGAUUCAUGCACAUAAUUUAUCCAAUUCUGCCCCUUCCGUGUGCACACACUAGGUUGAACUAUAUUGUUUUAUUCAUCUUUGUAUUCCCCACAACG